CCAUUGUCCGACAGCUCCCUAGCUCUGUUGUCUCGACUCUCACUCUCACUCUUUCACCCACUCUGCUCGCUCUUCUCGCUCUUCUUCGAAGAUGGGUUUUCUCGUAAAUUAGGAGCAAUGGCGCCAGAUCUUCGGUCGCCGCCGUCUGGAUUCCGGCCGCGGGUGAACCCAUGAGGCUUCCGGCUGCGGGUGAACCCACUUUGGUUUCCUGACUCCGCUCCUUUCCUCCUCAAGUGCUCCUGGCUAUUCGUUGCAGAUCCAUCUCCACUGUCUCGUCCCACCACCGGUGAGGGCUGCCGUCUAGGUGAACGCACCUGAGCAUGAAGAAAAUGGAUUCACGCAUAUAUGGUGGGUUUGACCUCGGGGGCUUUGAAAAUGAGUUAGACGAUCCAUGUUUGGUGUCUAUUCUGACAUGUUAUGAUUUCAACGUUGAAAUGGCUAAAGCCCAAGGGAAGGAAAUCUCAUCUGAUAUUUAUUUUCUGAAUGGGUUGCGUCAUAUUGAUGGUGCCCCCCCCCCCCCCCCUACCGAAAACCCGGGCUGUAUGAAAAUAACUAGAAUUAGACAGAAUAUAGGAAAUAUAGACGCUUUGCCUGUGCAAAUUGGCACAUCAGAGUUUAAUUAUGUUCAGCUGUUGGCAAUGGUUCUGUCAAAGUUGAAGAGGGCGGCAGAUUUACAGCAAAAUGAUGAUGUUCAAAGGUGCUGCAUUGCCAUUCCAUCGUUCUUUACUGAUAUUCAGCGCAGGGCUGUGUAUCAAGCAGCUGAAGUUGCUGGUCUGAUCCCGUUAAGACUGUUGCACGAAUGCACUGCUGUAGCUCUUUCAUAUGGAAUGGAUGAGUCAAAGAACUUGAAUACCUUGAAAGAUAAGCAUUUGUUAGUUCUCAAUAUUGAUAAAAAUACCAUGCAGGCCUGUGUUGCAAAAUUCAUUGCAUCGAAAAUCAAAAUCUUUGGAAAAAGAGAUAUUGAGAUGGAGAUCCUUGCCCAUGCCUACAGUAAGGAAAUCGGAGAGAAGACCUUUGAGGAUGUCAUUUCUGAGCAUUGCAAUAACAAUACCGCCUAUAUUGCAAAGUGGAAAAAUAAGUUUCUAACUGAUAAAAGGACGCAAUUGGAAGAGACAGAAUUGAUAGCUCGUCUAGAAACUAGAUCUGCACCAUUGCGUGGUCUCAUACGGGAGGUAUUAGAUGAAGCUCACCUAAAAGCCAGUGAAAUAGGGUCUAUUGUAUUGGCUGGAUCUGGAACACAAUACCCGCAGAUACCCAAUAUAAUAGAAGAUGUUUUGGGGAGAAAGCCCGAGCGCUGGACUUAUGCUAGUGCAAUCGAAUCGGUGGCCAAAGGAUGCGCCAUGCAUUGUUUAUCAAUCAUCCGGCACGACAAAAUUACUGAGAAUGAUACAUCUGAAAGAAAACGCAGACUGAUAAGUUCAAUAUAACUGAAAAGUUCCCUUCUCCAAUUCGGAUGCAAAUCAAAGAUUCAAAUGAUAAGGUUGCUGCAAUUCCUAUCCCCAAAGGCCUUCCUAUUUCAUCUGAGGUGGUUACCUUCCAUACGACUCUUCCAUGCACUGUGGACUUGCUUUUGGGUACAACACUAAGCAGUAGCCAUCAGAUUGGUUUCGUCCAAGCAUCUCAAGUCCUAGAUGCAACAGUUGAACUAAGACUAAAAGUUCACAUUGAUAUCAGUGGAAUCAAUUCAAUCUCAGCCAAAAUGCUGUACGAGGAUGAAGAGGUAGCUACAAAGGCUUUUGAGUAUGUUGCUGAGAAGAAUGAAACUUCUUCCUAGGAACCUCGAGUGCCGAGUCUAUAUGUUACCAAGUUGCUUUACAACGCACUCCGGAUGACCUGCUGAGCAAAUCUAUCAAAGACGAGGAACUGAUGUUUUUUCGUGGUAAAUACCAACAAGUCCUUGACAGAGAUGAUCUUAUGGAUGAAGAAGCCAAGAGUCUUAUGGUGAACUUGCAACCACAUCUGGAUAUAAUAGCGGGUUCUCAUCCUUUUAGACUAAUGUUUCGACAGUGCGAGAAUUUUUUUAAGGAAAUCGAUGCGUGCAAAGAGGCCACUAAGGACUUUCGUAGAGUUACAACAAAAAAAACAUAUUUGGAGGAGAUGCCAAAGAUCUGUGCCGAUGCAGAAGCAUGGCUGAAGGAAAACCCUUAUCUUGAUUCUGUGUCCAUCAGGAUUAAGAUUCAAAGUAUUCAUGAUGCCUAUCUUGAAUUGAAUAAAAAGCAGCAGGCCAAGCAGCAGGAGGAGCAGGCCAUCCGAUAUGCCUUGGCAAGGCUCGAACAUAUUCAGAAAACACGUUUUAUAGGUCAUUUCGAAGACAAAUUUCAUGGGAUAAGAAUCACGUUUAAUCUGGGGCGAGAUGAUCUAGCUACCGUCAUUGAUUAUUUUCGUAUGAGGCUCGCUGAUAACAGUGAAGCUGAAGAAUCAUGGGUUGUCGUAUGCUCCCCUAUCAACUGGAAUUCUUCGGUACCGAGAACCUGACACGGAUUGAAAUUGUGGGCGAAAGAGGUCAAAGGCCAGCACUCUAUGCGAGGAAUGACAAUCUAUACAUCGUUGCGGUUGAGAACAGGUUUGCACAAAUAUAUGAACUUGCAUCAGAGACGAAAACGAAACCCACAGGGAAGACUGGCAAUGAAACAAAACCUACUGACGACAAUGACAGUUUAGGAGGCCCUAGAAAUCGUUUAUUUAAGAAUUCUAUCCUUCUGAAGUGCCACUGUGAUUAUCGAAGUCUUGUUGACUACAAUCCAGAAGAUCCAACGGAAAGAGAUGAGCAAAACAAGAAGCUAAAAACUGAGCUAUACAUAAAGAGGUUUAUCGAGGUGCUCGACAAGUUGGCACUCACCGAAGAAUGUAUAAAUGUUCUCUGGAACUAUACUGGGGAUCCCGCUCAGUAUAAAGAAUUCAUUCAGACUGUGAUGACAUGUGCAAUUAUGCUUUGUGAAACAGCAAGAUUUAGGAUAGUAUACAACGCUGUGUUCAAGGAUUUCAAGUGUGAGAGCAAACUUUUAAUGUAUGUGAUAUGGAACUGGAAGCACAUGUCAAAUGCUAUAAAGAACUCGAAGACUUCAGGGGAGAUUUCAGACCAUCUGGUUCGAGAGCUUAGAAAUUGUCAAGUUGAGGUGGACAUGGAGACCAUAGCAAGUAUGCUAUACCUUGUUCUUAAUUGCUUUCUCCCUAUCCUGUAUAAUGAUGAUUGGAAGGCUGUCUAGUGGUCUGGUUUGUAGUUGUAGCUUGGUUGUACUCCCUCCGUCCUGUAAUAUAAGACCUUUUUGCAAGCUAUGUUAGCUUGCAAAAACGUCUUAUAUUCGCAGGGAUGCUUUUUGGGGUCUGAACAUGGUAGCUAGCCUUGACAUCAGAAGUUAGUGAUCAUCUUGCUGAAGUGAGUGCACCUUUUGGUUCCAUCAUUUGGUCAACCAUGUUUUGGUUGUAGAUGCCUCAGACGAUUAAUUGAUGAUUGUAAUGAAGAGGAGCACAGUAGAAAGUGUGCUAAAUUUCUAAUUAGUCUAUGUACACUUAUGUGCUACA